CAGACUGGACCCUGUUCCAGUCCAGCGGCCCACCUGUUUGUGGUCUCGCAGAUGUGUUUAGCUUCUUAAGUGAGAACUUCGGAGUCUGUGUUGUUGAUCCUGCCACAAAGUAUGGCGGGCUCGUGGACCACCCACAAGCGUCAAAGAAGUACCCCUUAGCGACCUAUGUAGCCACAGACUGCAGGAGGCGUCUGUAUAAGUUCCUAGGACAGCAAGAAGCAGAC